AUAAAAAUAAGGAGCUGUAAAUUAAUUAGUUAUUCACAGGAACUGUUCACCUUUAAAGCAUUAAUUGGUAAACUAUAUAUCUUUACAUGUGCUAAUGUGUCACUAAUAUUUACAGUUUAUUCGAAACCUUGGUAGUCUGAGGCAGCGUGUUGUGGCCAGAGUCAAGGAGGAAGCAGAGGAGGAGGAUCUCCUCUUUUCACCCCCUCUGGACUCUGGUCAGGACCUCAGAGUUGAGAGGGCUCCGGCAGGAAAAGGGCGAAAAAGAAAAAGAUGAAGAAGCUGGUGGUGUUUUUGCUUUGCGUGGUCCUGCUGACCAUUUACACAGAUGCAAACCCCAUAAUCAAGGAGAGCGUAGCUAAGCAGCUGCUCCGUACCAAGAGGCAGGACCGGCCAAUGAAGGCUGGCUACCCCGAUGAGCCAAUGAGGGAGCAUCUGCUCCACAUGCAGGCUCUGGAUCUGAGGGCCCGGGAGACCAACUUGGAGCACUGGCUGAACCCUCACUGCUACCCACGCUGCGACAGAAACUAUGGACACCCGGUUUAAAAGCAGUAAAAGGCCUGCUGUGACUGACUGACGUGGACUGAAGCUGGAGUCUCUUUUCUCAUUAUGUUUCAAUCUAAUGACCAAAAUAUGCAUGUGUUGUAUUAUUUCUAGAGUGAAUUCUUUGUAAUUUGCUCCUUUACGCCUUUAUUUCUGUAGCUGCACAGACUGAAAUUUGUUAAUGAAUAGAAUAAAAUAAAAUAAAAAAAUCAUAAG